GUGAUACAUACCUUCCUGCGCGCCGUGGAUGAGCUGCUGCGGAAUUUCUAUCGCGACAAAUACGUCGGCUCCUUCGGACAAGGCGAACUGUCUCUGGAAAAGAGUUUGCGCUUAUGUCUUGUUCCGGGCAUCAAUAUGCAUCAGAGCAACCAUAUGGAGCAGGACCACAUGUCGGGACAUCAAGAAGGAAAAAUAGCGUCAGGAGAUGGAAAAAAAUCCUCUGGAGCAGGCGUAACUGAGACAAAGAAUACGCAGUGUGGACACGGGAGCUCGUCCAAAUAUCCUUCGCACAGCGAAGAUCUACACAUAUAUGCAGAGAUUGAAGUUCCUCGAGCAGGGGAUGUCAGCGGCGGUUCGAGUUCCGAAAAUCCAAAAACGAUAAUGGGACUUUUUUGGGACGAAAUUGUAAAAAGUAAUUGUUUGACCC